AGCAGCCCUCCCAUUCCCUAAUUGUGAUCACCACUCUCUCUCUCUCUCACUCUAAAACACACACUCACACAAUGGCAAGCCCUAGUGCCCCAUUUGUGUGCUUGACCUUAGUUUUGUGCUUUGUUGUUCCAAGUUUGGCCACAGUUUACACAGUUGGGGACACAUCUGGAUGGACAAUGGGUACUGAUUAUACCACAUGGACAACUGGAAAGACCUUUUCUGUUGGGGACAGCCUUGUAUUCAAUUAUGGUGGUGGUCACACUGUGGACGAAGUGAGCCCAAGCGACUACAACACUUGCACAGUAGGCAACGCAAUUACUUCAGACAGUAGUGGAGCCACCACAAUCGCUCUCAAAACUACCGGGACACAUUACUACAUAUGUGGUGUGGUUGGCCAUUGUGGCAGUGGCAUGAAGCUAGCCGUGACCGUGGCAGGUAGCGCAGCCACCACGCCGACGACGCCGUCGGGAAGCAGCCCGCCUUCCGGAACCACCACUACCCCGACAGCACAGACACCGCCGACGACGCCGUCGACAACCACUGUCCCACAAUCAUCUUCAACAGCUCUCUCUCCAUCUGCUGCUGUUUUAGUUACUCUGCUCGCAUUGUUUAAGUUUGCUAUGGUUUAAUUAAGUCCUCUGGCCAGGACAGAGGCAGUGCUCUUCACUUCUUUUCCUAGUUUUCUUUCUCUUUGUAUGUGUAUUGAGAUCUUAUUUGAUUUGAGUAGGUAAUUUCACUUAUUUGUGAUGAUGCCAUAUAGAUAUGAUCAUAAUUAUUGUGCCAUGUCCAUA